AAACGUCACUAGUUCAGUUGCAAGAUGGCGAACGUUCGGGAUAGUGACACAUCUUUGUGGCUCCACAAUAAACUCGGUACUUCGAAUGAUUCGUGGACAAGCGGCUCAAUUUGCACGCAAUUAAAUGCUGAAGUGUUGAAAAAUAUCAAGGAUUGUUUUCCAGAUUUGCAAACGCAAGUGAAAUUGAAAUUAUUGCUAAGUUUCUUUCAUAUCCCGCGCAGAAAUGUUGAGGAGUGGAGAAAUGAACUGGAAGAGAUCAUCGAAGUCGCAGCCGUGGACUCAGACCUCUGGGUGGCCAUGCUCGCAGAGACCCUCAAGACGUUUCCCUCAGCGGGCACUCUCAACACCGAGAUAGCGGAGUUCGAUGAGACCAGGCCUAUAUUCAGUGAUAUGAUCAGCGAGCUGCGGAGGGCUUUAGCUAAACACUCGGAUCUUGGACUGUUGCCGUUAGAGUGCCUGUAUUUAAAUAAGAAUGCUUUGGUUUCUGUGGUGGGCCAACAGCCGAACCCCGUAAAACAUUUCACACUGAAACGCAAGCCCAAGUCGGUGGCACUCCGUAGUGAACUGCUAGCCAAAGCGACUGAAGUACAAGCUAACCAGAAGAAGGCUCAAGCACCGACCGUGCCUGUCCGCAGUAGAGGCAUGCCUAGGAAGAUGACUGAUACCACACCCCUAAAAGGCCUGCCGUCUCGUUUCGGCGGCGGCCGCGGCGGUACGUGGCGCGGCGCGGCUCGGCCGCCGCCUCGCGCCGGCAUCAAGCUGCUGGAUAUAGCGGAACAGCCCGCCACUCAUGCGCAGAUCAAGAAGAGGAGGAAACUUGAAAUGGAGGAAGGUGCUAAGAAAGCAGCGGCGGCCGCCCCGCCGUCGCCGCCGCCGCCCGACUACGCUAAAGGACUCAACAACUAUACCAUGCCCAAACCUGAGGAGAACACCAACCCGGAGCCGAGCACGCCAGCGCCAGCGGCAGCACCCGCGUCUCCCGGCGCCGCACCCGCAGACACGCAGGACAGCGCCGACACCGCGCCGCCCGCGCCCAGCCCACUGCUUGUACAUGGUACCGGUGCAAAACCAAUAGUAAUAGGCCAACAACCCAAGUUACUGAUAGCCGGCCCAGCAGGAGGCAAACCUCUACUGCUGUCCACACAGAACCUGCUCAACACGUCCACCGUGAUCCUGCAGCCCGGCGGCAAGGCUGUGCUGCUGCAGAACAUCAAGCCCAUGACACAAUCAGUGGUGCAGCAAGCUGCGCGGACGGUGGUGCCCGCCGUACAUACGCAACCGCCUCUGCAACACCAGAUCGCGCAACCUGUACAGAUAGCACAAACAGUGCAACAGCCACAGGUAGUGCAAGCGGCCGCUCCCGUGCAACAGCCGCAGCAACAAGCCGUGCAACAGCCGCAACAGAACGUGCAACCCGCGCAGCAGCCGCUGUUGCCGCGUAGAGGACUCUCGCUUACGCGCGAACAAAUGUUGGAGGCACAAGAUAUGUUCCGCAACGCGAAUCGUGUCACGAGGCCGGAGAAAGCGCUUAUACUUGGUUUCAUGGCUGGCUCCAGAGAUAACCCGUGUCCGAACCUAGGUAACAUAGUAACGAUAAAACUAUCAGAAAACAUCGAGAACGUUCUACAAUCAGACGACACAUACCUCACCAUGUUAUCUGAAAUGCACUUCCAAAUGAACUAUAACAACGGCCAGUGGACGAGGCUCAAGAAAUAUAGGCAUAUAGACGGCAUGGUGCCUCAGAAAAUACCCCCGGGCUCCACAGUCAUCUCAACCAAUAACCAACAGCCUAUAGUGUCAAUAGCCAAUCAGAGUGUUAGUUAAGUGACAGUGUGUGUGACGUUCAGUGAUUCAAAAAUGGAAUAUGUACUAAAGAAAAGUUGGAGGUUUUAUUUCGAAGUAAGUCUGAUUUUAUUUUUUUUCGUUCUUUUUUUAAAUAGUACUGGAUGAUGUGUCAAUUAGGUUUUUUUUUGUGUAAUGGCUGGAUUUUCUAUUUGCUGCCUAGAAGAUAUUUACAGAGAAUUUUACAUAGAUUUCUUUAAACCUAGUUAUGGGUAAAGAGAAUUAUAAUCGUGUGUAUAAAAAAAUGUCGGGCAAUCAGAUUUGAGUUAUCGUAUUGGACAUGCAAAAUCGAAGUUAGAACGUCGUUACACCGCCAUAUUGGAAAAUGACUUUUAAGUUACAAGUUACUAAAUGAGUUCUAUAGAGCAUAAAAUCGAGAUAGAAGCUAGGGAUUGCAUCAAGAAACUGCUAUUUUGCAAAAUUGAUAUUUUUGAAAAACUGUGUUCACAAAGUUAACUAUAAACUCAGGCUGUGAUUUCAAAUUAUAUUACCACUUAUUGGUUCACUGUUCGUCCCAUUUCUGUGUUCUAACGAGUUUCUUAUUCGAUCAUCAUUUAAAAACCCAACAAGAUUGACCCAAUUCCCAUUAAAUGAUGCCCUAUAAGAAGUGUUCGUAAAGAAAUAUUUUUUGUAAUAUAUCAUGAUAAUUAGUAAUAUAUUGUUACAUUAAAUAAUACGAAAACACGAAUAAAAAAUAUACACAUUUAUUAUGUUUAUGUGAAUUCUUAUAAUUGUGCAAUUUCAAAUGAGAUGCAUUUUGAACUUUAUCGUCGAUGAACUAAGGUUUUACAUGGAAUUAUAUGGUGGGUUUGUAAUACAUAGUCAUGGAGAACAAAAUGAAGCGGAGAUGUCAUAACGGAAUAUCUGCUAAGAAAGAAGCGUAUCCGAAAUGCGGAUAAUGGACGAGGAACUUUACUGUUUCCGCCCUUGUUCCGUCGUAGGCCUUUUAUGUACCAGGGCCGCGGUAUCUCUUUCGAACAACCCGCAGACGGCCACAAUCCUCCGUGUACCUACCUAGUACAGUCGAGUCAUAGUAUUUGUAUCGUUAUGUAAAGGAGAUAAAGUUCAAAAUUGCUGUCAUUAUGAAGUUAUAAGACAGAGCCAGGAUAAUUUAGCCAGAUACGACUAUUUUCUUUGUUUUACUGUGUCACUAAUGACCUUUUAGGUCUGAUACUGUAUUCAACGUGACUUUAUUUUAAUUGGCUUAAGUCAAGCUUUAAUUAUAUCAAGCAAGAAAUACUGUUAAAAAUUACGUGACAAUUUACUUAUAGAGAUGGCGAUUAGAAAAAAAAACAAUUAAAUAAUCGACUAAAUACAAGUCAACAAAGUCGAAUAUUUAGAAAACUUUGAGUUCCUUCUCUAAAUAAUUUUUUUUCGACACACUUCGCGCAUAAAUGUAUCAUGAAAUAUGUAUGUAACUGUGGAUUUCUAUAACCUACUUAUUGGUUGAUUUGCAUACUAGAGGUAGUAGUUAAAAUAAGGAUAUUUUGACAUUAGCCCCAUACAAGCAAUGUAAAACUUCUACCUCUAGUAAGCUAACAAUAGAUAGUUUAUUGGAAUUCGGCGUAAGUGUUGAUGUAUUCACGUGUUACAGUCGAAAGAUUUUGAAGAUAACUUUAAGUUGUGAUCUCACUGGGAUUUGACAUAGAAAUUGGACAUUAUUACUUUUCAGUAUAAUUUCUAGUGCCAAAAUAAGUUUCGGUAAAUAAAUCUUGAGUAAAACUAUUUGUGAAUUAGUUUGUAUCGUAAACUUUUAUGUAUAUUUAGAUUAGAAUUUUGUUUUCUGUAGAAUUGAAUAAUAUGAUAAAUAAAUAUAUGCCUACAGAGCCUUUCUAUGUAACUAAGGUUAGUUAUAUCAUAAAUAACUUGCAUUGUUUCGAUAGAGCGGCAAACUUUAUGCCUCAUAUCGGUUUGAAAUGAGGCAAAUAGAUAUUUUCAGCUGUUCAAAUAUGUGUGUGUAACUAUUUCAGUUUUAAGGACACGUUUUAAAUAGAAGAACUUUGUUAAUGUGAACCGGUAAUUUAAUAUAGGUAGAUAUUGAUAGAUCUUUUCGAAAUGCCUGCUUUAUUAAAAUAAUGCAAGAAUAUGAAGUUCGUGCCAAUUAACUUCGCUAUUUUGAAGUCGGACAUUUGACGUUUUAGGCAUGGUAGUGUUUUGUUCAUAUUUUUGACCAUAUUGGCUAACUUUCAUAAGAAUCGGAAGAUUUAGAUCCGUACGAAAAAAUGCGCAACGUCAAAUUCUUAAGGGUGCGUCUACACGGUGCGUGUAGCAAGUCAACACGCGCAAGUGACAAUUGACAAGAGCACGCGGGUGGGCAUUUUGCUUUUGGAUGUACCAAAGCGCGAGUCGCUGGAUCCGCACGUUUUUAAGAUGCAUGUAACCAUGCGCAUGUGCUUAACAUGCGCAAGCUACUGGCACCGUGUAGAUGCACCCUAACUUCAGAAACGCAAAGUUAUUUGGUGUGAACUGGCGAAUGCGAGGUGGCAUGAGUCUGUAAUUCAAUGUGUAACAUGCUUUAGAUGUUAAAAGUUUAAUAAAUGACCAAUUGUGCGGAGUGAGAUUGUUAAUGUUCAUAUCGUGUUUAUUGUAAUGUACGUUCAAUGACGCGUCAAUUCACGCUGUGUUUUUUAUGUCAGAAAUUGUAGUUGACGAAUGAAAAUAUAAAAUGAACUUUAUUAGCCUUUUUUGUUGAUGGGAAGUCAACAACAAAUGACCCCUCUUGCGGUGGGUGCAACGCGAGGGAGUGUCAGACUCUUACUGACUAAAACCUACCAUGUUCCUUCUGGAGCCCUUGUCCAGUCUCGAUAGGGUUUGGCAAGUUAAAUAGCCUACUAGCGGCAACAACAGCGAAAAAAUCAUCGUAUCUGUGUUUUUAUAAAAAAAUAAAGCCAUUUGCAUGAUUUAUUGUAUAUUCUUUUCAUGGUAAGUAAGGAACUUAAGCGUUGUUUUGCCAAUAAGUAGUUCAAUGAAAAUUAUGCCUUGUACCUCGAAUGGAGGUUGAAAUAACCGCGUAUGCCUCGGAACGAGUAACGAAUUUUAUCAUGUUAAAUUUCUUUUCCUACAGCCUAUGUAUUCCUCUGUGAAAACAACAAUAAUAGUAUGUAAAUGAUUUUCUAAAACAAUGUCAGAAAGUACUUUUAGUAAUAGAUGCGAUAUUUGUAUCGAUUUUGUAUGUACCAAAAUAAUUGUUAAAUAGUGGAACUGGGUCGAAGUUAUUUUGAUGCGGGCAUCGUGCCUUUGUAUUAUAAGCCUUAUAGAUAGAUUCUGAUCGACUGCGACAGUAAUUUUUAUACAUUUAACUACCACUUUUUAUACAUUGAUGAAUCCCAAGGUAUUGUCGAUAAGUCAUGACGUUUGGGUAGCCUGACCAUUGUCGUUUUAAAGUAUAAUUUGCAAAUAUUAUCGCAUCGAAAUUGAACUUCGAUUCAGUUUCACAGCUUUUGUUUCAUAUUGUUUUGGGAGCUAUUUCAAUAUUUUGAGGUCAAAGCUUUUGAAAUUAUCUAGAAUAGACAAAAUUUACAUUUAUUAAGCGACUUCCCAAAAAGGAGGUUCUCAAUUCAGUUGUUUUUUUUUGUCUUUGUUACUCGAUUUCUCGAAGACCUUCUUUCUGUUACCGAUUUGCAAAUUUUCAUUCUAAAUGAUGGAUUUCGAGAAAACUAUAUAUUUAACCAUGCUGACUGAUUAUUUGGUGCAAUAACAAAAUGUUCUUUGAGUUUAUCAUUUAGUCUUGCGGCGUUCCUUUAAAUGUAGAUUAGUAAGACCUAAUGAGCGCGUCCGACCGUGCUCUCGCUGUGGCGGCAUAUUGGGCUGACAAAGUGUAGUGUUUCUGUAAGACAUGUCAUCGACACGAAAGAAGAAGAAGAAGUAAGACUCCAAUUUUUUCGAGCAUAAAUAUAAAAUAGCUUCCAAAAUGUUUGGUACUGAAGAAGAGUAAGCGAUUUAGGUUUUUUUUUAUAUAUAAAAUAAUUAAGUAAAUGUGUGUAUGCGUUCAGCGGGAACCGUGUUAUUUUAGUAUUCGCGUUAAAUCUAAGUUUUGUUGUACGAUGUUUUUUUCUAUAGAUAUUUAAUAUCCACAUUGUAUAUAGUAGAUAGUACAAAAAUAUAAAAUGAAAAAGUUAAAAAUUA